AUGAGCAUGCAGGUGUUUGUGGAUGCCGACUAUGCAAGCAAGGCAGCAGACCGUAGGUCGGUCUCAGGAGGACUAGUGAUGUGUGGGGGUGGGUGUGUGACUUGGUUUUCGAGGACGCAGAAGUGCGUCACGCUCUCCACAACGGAAGCAGAGUAUGUGGCAAUUGCCGACGUCUUGAAGGAAGUGCUUUUCUUGAGGCAGGUUUGGCGUUUAAUGUUGCCAGAUGCAGGUAUGCCGUGCAUUCCAGUCUUCGAGGAUAAUCAGGGAGCGGUUCAGAUUGCGCACAACCCGAUCACGAACUCAAACUCGAAGCACAUCGAUGUACGGCAUCACUUUAUCAGGGAACUGGUAGAGAGGAAGGAGAUUUCGAUUACGCAUGUGACGUCGGAGUUUCAGCAUGCAGAUUUCUUGACGAAGGCUAUCAGCAAGGAAUCUUUUGCGUUGCACAGAGACUUUGUGAUGAAUUUGCAGUGA